AUGGCCUCUGAAAAGAGAAGAAAUGUCGCUGUCGCGCGAGUGAUUCCCGUGGUACUUGCAGCUUUAAUCGCCUACGGCAGCUACGUUUUUACAGGACCACUAUGCAUUAAUUACUUCAUACAUCCUCCCUCGCACCACGGGGCGCCUAAGCCUCGACGUGGCCUUGCAAUCGGCCUGUUGAUCCCAUAUUACAUCUUAUUGAUUAUUGUGUGCAUAUCAUACUUGCGAGUCUUGAGCACCAUCCUGCUGAAUCCUGGGUUCCUACCCCGUGGGAAUCAAUGGGACACGUUGAAUUCCCCUGAAACCGAAUCCAAAAAGAAGAGACGCCGGUCAUCAAGAAGCCGAUCUCGCCCUAGUAGUGCGCACUCCGCUAAACAGAAACAUCAGGGCGACAAGAAAACAGAAACCUCGCCGUACCCUAUCGAUGCGUACGGACUCGAGGCAUAUUAUUGCAAAGACAUAUUUGUUUGCCAGCCAGAUGGUCGGCCCCCCUGGUGCCCAACUUGUUGUCAAUGGAAAACGGAUAGGUCGCAUCAUUGCAGUGAAGUAGAUCGCUGCGUGCGGAAGCUCGAUCACUUUUGCCCCUGGGUUGGUGGAGUCAUCUGUGAAAAUUCGUUUAAAUUUUUCCUCCAGUUUCUAUUUUAUACGUUUCUGUUUACGACUUUCAAUGUUACCGUGUUUUCUAUAUUUGUUGCUGAAUACCGGCAAGACUCGGGAUACUUGGAGGUUCAGUGGCUCGUUGCGUUGGGCUUAUUUGGCCUCUUUUUCCUUUUCUCUCUUGGAAUGCUAUCUAGCUCUCUUCACCUCGCCUGGUUGAACUGUUCGACCAUCGAAAGUCUCACGUAUCAAACCAAAGUGUGGACUCUUGCCGUGUUUAUUUCCCGCCCCAAGGAUUUUCGCGAGUUUCAAUCCACCCGGGAGCAUCCAACCCCCAUCGUCAUCUACCCGGGCACCGCCAUCCUCCCAUCUUCCAGUUCAGCCAGUACCACCACAUCAACCGGCCCCUCGCGUGAAUUUGCCAUCCUGUCUACCAACCCCGGAGAGAACCCCUUUGAUCUUGGCAGCCCGCUUGCAAAUCUAUGCGAUGUCAUGGGGCACAGCGUGCUCGAAUGGCUGGUGCCCCUUAAACACAGCCCCUGUUCGGACCACAGCAGCCAGGAGAGCGCGUACGCGUUUGGUCCUGUGGUACAGAGGUUAAAACGGGAGGCAGGGCUGAGUGACAAGUGA